AACUUUCCUAAUUUAUUGGAAAACUUGAGGCGCUGCCAAUCUAGAUUAAAAUAGAAACUCAGUCUGCUAAGAAUUUUCAUAAGAGCUAAAACAAAUCAAACGAAUUUCGACCGUUGCAGUUGAACCGAACUCACCUCAAACAUGUCUAACCUGAGGAAAUUCAAAGACGAGGACCGCGAGUCCGAAUACGGUCGCGUGUACGCUGUCUCUGGUCCGGUCGUUACGGCAGAGUGUAUGUCGGGCUCUGCUAUGUACGAGCUGGUACGUGUGGGCUACUAUGAGCUGGUGGGCGAAAUCAUUCGCCUGGAGGGCGACAUGGCCACCAUCCAGGUAUACGAGGAAACCUCAGGUGUCACAGUCGGUGAUCCGGUGCUGCGAACGGGUAAACCCUUGUCCGUGGAACUGGGCCCUGGCAUCAUGGGCAGCAUCUUUGAUGGUAUUCAGCGUCCACUGCGGGACAUCGGUAUCAUGACUAGCUCCAUAUAUAUACCCAAGGGUGUGAAUACGCCCGCCUUGUCGCGUAGCGAAAUGUGGGAGUUCAAUCCCUUAAAUGUGCGCGUUGGCUCCCACAUCACGGGCGGAGACUUGUACGGCGUAGUGCAUGAGAACACAUUGGUCAAGCAGCGCAUGCUUGUGGCGCCGCGUGCCAAGGGCACAGUACGCUAUAUUGCACCAGCGGGCAACUACAAUCUGGAAGACGUUGUGCUGGAGACCGAAUUUGAUGGCGAGAUCACAAAACAUACAAUGCUGCAGGUGUGGCCUGUGCGCCAGCCGCGCCCCUGCACCGAGAAGCUGCCGGCCAAUCAUCCCCUCUUCACUGGCCAGCGUGUACUCGAUUCGUUGUUCCCCUGCGUCCAGGGCGGCACCACAGCCAUUCCUGGUGCCUUCGGCUGUGGCAAGACUGUCAUCUCGCAGGCUCUGUCCAAGUACUCCAACUCCGAUGUCAUCAUCUACGUCGGUUGCGGUGAGCGUGGUAACGAGAUGUCUGAGGUAUUGCGUGACUUCCCGGAACUGACUUGCGAAAUUGACGGCGUCACAGAGUCCAUCAUGAAACGCACAGCUCUUGUGGCCAACACCUCCAACAUGCCCGUGGCUGCUCGUGAGGCUUCCAUCUACACUGGCAUCACGCUUUCCGAAUAUUUCCGUGAUAUGGGCUACAAUGUGGCCAUGAUGGCCGACUCCACCUCCCGUUGGGCCGAGGCCUUGCGAGAAAUAUCUGGACGUCUGGCUGAGAUGCCUGCCGAUUCGGGUUAUCCCGCGUAUUUGGGCGCUCGUUUGGCCACCUUCUAUGAACGCGCUGGACGUGUCAAGUGCUUGGGUAAUCCCGAGCGUGAGGGCUCCGUGUCUAUUGUCGGCGCUGUCUCGCCACCUGGUGGUGAUUUCUCCGAUCCCGUGACCUCGGCUACCUUGGGUAUUGUACAGGUGUUCUGGGGUCUCGACAAGAAGCUGGCCCAGCGCAAACAUUUUCCUUCCAUCAACUGGCUCAUUUCCUAUUCCAAAUAUAUGCGCGCUCUGGACGAAUACUAUGACAAAAACUUCCCCGAAUUCGUGCCCUUGCGUACCAAGGUCAAGGAGAUUUUGCAAGAGGAGGAAGAUCUGUCCGAAAUCGUGCAGUUGGUGGGCAAAGCAUCGCUGGCCGAGACCGAUAAGGUUACUCUGGAGGUGGCCAAGCUGCUGAAGGACGAUUUCUUGCAACAGAACUCCUACUCGCCAUACGAUCGAGUGUGUCCGUUCUAUAAAACUGUCGGCAUGUUGAGGAAUAUUCUGGCUUUUUACGAGACAGCGCGUCAUGCAGUUGAGUCGACCGCCCAGUCGGACAAUAAGAUUACAUGGAACACUAUCAGGGAGUCAAUGGGCGGCAUUAUGUAUCAGUUGUCUUCAAUGAAAUUCAAGGAUCCUGUGAAGGAUGGUGAGCAAAAGAUUAAGGCAGACUACGAUCAGCUGUAUGAGGAUCUGCAGCAGGCCUUCAGAAAUUUGGAGGACUAAUCGCUUUAAGGCGACUGUGUACUUGCAAAAUAAACAAGGCAGACAGAACAAAAGAAGAAAAUGAAAAUACCAAAAAGGAAAAAUACCGAAAGAAAAACCAAACGAAAUAAGCAACCAAAGUUUAGGUUUAUUAUUCGAAUUCCCCCAUCAAGCUAGUCAUAUAUACAUAAUGCGUAAUAAGAUAUUUGAAUUCAAUUUAAUUAUUAAGUUAAACAGUUUAGAAAAAAAUGCGUCAGGUAGAGUAGAGUCUCACUUGAUUCGCACACCCAAGAAACAAUGAACAAUGUACACGACGACGAAGAUGACAAGAAGGAAGGAGUUAGGAAAGACGAACAAUAAUUAGCCGAUAGCGCAAAAAUAAAAUAUAUAACUAAAAAAAAGGAAAACGGAAAGCAUGUUGUCCACUUAAACCAGCCAUAUAAAUAACAUAAACAUACAUAUACAUAUAUAUAUAUUUAAAUAUAUGAUAUAUAUAUUUAUUAAAUUAUCUAUGUUGAUAUAUGUAUACCUACAUAAUUAUAAUUCACUGCUAUUUAUUGUUAGUAAAAACAAAUUCGUAAAGUUAUCUAACUGUGUUCUCUACGUAACUGUAACUACAAACUACUAACAAUUUAUUUAAUGUUUUUGCCAUUGCGUGUUACAACAAGUUAAAUACAAUACGAAAUUAUAAUACUAGAAAAUUAUAAAUAAUAUAAAUUACAAAUGCAAUAAUUACGUAGCCCCGAUUGAGGAAUAAAUUGCGUGCAUGUUACAAAUGGAGCUAUGCAAAUAAAAAUGUAUUAUGAAUGUUAAAAUUA